CUGGUGUGUUGGUAAUAGUUCCGAAUUAUACCGGAGAUUGUCUCAACUUUGGAAUAGCAAUUGAAAAAGCGAAACAAGCAGGUGUGAAGGUGAUGGAAAUAAUUGUAAACGAAGACUGUAGUAUACCGGAAGAGGAGCUUGGUGUUGCUGGCAAGCGUGGCUUACCUGGAAUUUUAUUUGUUUCAAAAAUAGCUGGUGCACUAGCGGAAAAAGGGCUACCACUUGAGGAGGUCCAUAAGACUGCACAAGAUGUUCUGCAAAAUUUAGCCACUUAUUCGGUUGGGUUGACUGCUUGUGCAAUACCUGGUUCACCUCCAAUGUUCGAACUUGCGGAAGAUGAAGUCGAAGUUGGAAUGGGAAUUCACGGAGAGGCUGGAUACGAAAAAAUGAAAUUGAAGCCGUCAAGCGAAAUAGUUUCGUUCAUGUUGAAACGUGUGUGCAACGCCUUAUCUUUGAAAAGUGGAGAUUCGGUCGCAGCUAUUGUCAACAAUUUCGGAGCACUAAGCCAACUGGAACAAGGAAUUGUUGUUCACGAUAUGGUCAAACAACUUCGAAGCAUGAACGUGCAACCACUUCGUGUGUAUUCGGGUCUAUUGAUGACAUCGUUGAACAGUGCUGGAGUGCAUAUUACUCUUUUAAAAUUACCUGAAAAUUCCAAGGAUGUAUUUCUCAAAUGUCUCGAUGAACCUACCGAUGCACCAAAGUGGCCAGGUUGCGUGUAUAGUAUACCUUCGGAAACUGCGCAAGCAGUAGUUCAACAUACGCAAGUGCCAGUCGUAGAAAAAAUUGGAACAGAGAUGAAUAAAGAUUUGCAGAACUUAUUGAAACAAUGUUUAAAAAGUGCCUGUGAAGCUAUAAUUCAGAAGGAAGCACAUCUGAACGACUUAGAUAGAGGCUGUGGAGACGGUGACACGGGGUCAACGCUUAAAAGACUUGCUACUGAAAUUUUGACAAGGCUAGAUAAGCUUUACCUUUCACAUCCAUCAUCAGUUUUUGUUGAAUUGGCGCAUAUAGCCGAAGAAGAAAUGGGUGGUACUUCUGGAGCUUUGUUUUGCUUAUUUUUUACUAGCAUCAACACGGAAUUGAUGUUAUUUAAACAAACAAAUGGGUGGAUAGGCAUUUGGGCUCAAGCGUUGCGCAGUGGUCUAAAUUGUUUAAUAAAAUAUGGAAAAGCAAAACCAGGAGAUAGAUCUAUGGUAGAUGCGAUUCAUGUUAUGUGCGAAACUUUCGAAAGUGUAUUACACAAACCGUUGCCCGAAAUUUGCGAAGCGGUCAAGACAGCAACUUGGCAAGCAUGUGAAGCUACGAAGAAUAUGAAACCCCGGGUAGGGCGAGCCAGUUAUGUAAAACAGGCACAAUAUUUACAAAACGUAGAUGCUGGCGCGUAUGCAGUUGCAACUACCGUUGAGGCCGUUUUGAACGUGAUAAAAAAUGUUAAACUUUAGUUGCUUACGAGAUCAGAAAGAACCAUGUUAUAGUGAUUUUUUGAAAUGUCUAUUUUAGUUGUAAU